GUGGUUUUCAUGUGGGUUCCAUGUUUCUUGGAUGCACCCGACACGUGGAUGUGAUGUCUGCACGCUCUAUCGGUCAAUAAAUGCAUUCCUUGGAGAGAGAGAGAGAGAGAGGGGGGUACGUUCCCUCACACGCAGAUCUUCUUGCGGCGCAUCUCCGCCAAAUAUUUCUCGGGCACAGCGAGCUUCUUCAGGUCUUCGACCUUCCUCUCCUGAUUGAGAUUGAUGCGUGCACACACACACAGACACACACACACACAACACAACACAACACAACACACGUGUGUGUCCAUGGGGUGUGCCAAGAAAGCAUUCCAUUCCCCGCACACGUGGUGGGCUGGCUGACUGACCUUGAUGCGCUCCAGUUUCUUCCUCUGCUUGGCAAGCUGUGCACGCACCAAGUUGCCCUCCUCAAGGAAAUUGCUGGCCACACAAACACACAGACAGACAGGAAGAUGUCUCUCUCGAGCCUGCCCUCGCAUGGCAGGUGCUUCUUCUGUCUGACCGUCUGUCUUGUAGGUUCUUUUCCUCCUUGGCGGCGAUCUGCCCCCUGAUGUCCUGCGCGUGGGCCACACGCAGCCGCCGCUCCUCCUUAAGGCGGCGGCGCUCGGCCUCCUCCUGCAGUGCAGUGCAGAUCACCACAACGCCGCCCGCUCCUGCGGUGUCUCUUUCUGCAUGUCUCUCUUGGUCUGUUGUGAACUGAUGUGUGUUUGUGUUUGUGUGUGCCUGCUGUUUCUGGACGGCAAUGAUGCGUUCGAAUUCCUCCUUCUCGCCCUUGGCCUGCUCCAUCAGCUUACGCUCCUUCUCAUCCUGAAUGCAGCCAUGCAUCCAUCGAUCCAUCCACCAGCCAGACAGACAGACGGACGGACACAUUAGGAGGGUGUGAUGUGGCGCGUGAUUGCCCGACCGACUGACUGACCUGCUGUGCCUUGCGUGCUUCCGAGACCUCGGCGUUGAUGCGAGCGAUCUUGGCCGCCUCCUGCUGGUCCUUGUCGCGAGCUGCACGGUCCGCCGCCUCCAUCGCCCUACAUCGAUAGCAUCCACCCACCACACCAGGGAUGGGCGUGUGCAUUUGUGUGUCUGUGCAGUCCAUGGACACCUCUUGGCCCGCAGUGCAUCCAUUUCUGCGGCCUUGUCCUGAGCCUUCUCCUGUAGGGCGCGCAGGCGAGCGACCUCCCGUUCCUUCUCGGCGGCGAUGCGCAUCAGCUCCGCCUCACGCUCGCGCUCACGCUUGUCCUUGUCACGCAAGUAGUCGACAAUCCUUGAAACAAGAGACACACAGACGGACCGUGGUGCGGCGUGGUGUGGUGUGGUGGGAGGGGCUGCUGUGUGUCUGUCUGUCUGUCUGUCUGUCACUUUUGCUGCUCCAGCUGCUCUGCGAGGGCGCGCUCCUCCUUGACUGACACCCAGCACAGAAAGGUGAUAGUUGUGGACGCAUCAUUAGGUGAGUUAGUCACCCCACCUUUGAAAGCUUCAGCGUUGACUUCGUUGACUUCCUCCCUGAGUCUGCGUGCGGCCUCCUCCUUAGCCAGCCGCUCCUUGACCUCCUCCUCCUUGAGCGCGUCGAUCUGACGCAACACGUAGUACUUCUCCUGCUCACGCAACUCCUCGUCACGGAUCCGUUGGGCCUGCAUACAUCGAAUCGGUCAAGGCCACGCACACGCAUGGAGACAGAGAGAGAGAGAAAAAUGGCGGCCGAUUUGUGACGUACCUGUCUGUCUUUGAUUUGUUCGACGAUGACGAGUGCGCCCCUCCUUUGGUCCUCAGCGCGUUUCUUCUCUCGCUCCUCUGCGACCUUGAGUGCCUUGAGUCGCUCGAUCUCCAUCAUCAGGUCCAGCUGGCGCUCCUCGUCCUCCUUCUCACGCAGGAUCUCCCUGAACAAGUGUCUCUCUCUCUUCAUCUGCUCUCUCCCCCUCCCCGGUGUCUGUGCAGAUGUGUCUCUUACUUUCGUUCGGCGAUCUGCGCCUCUCUGACUGUGGCGACUUUGGCGUAAAGCGUCAUUUGGUUGAGGUGCUUGACUUCGUCCUCCUGCUCGUCAAGCAACUCCUCGGCCUACACAGCGCAACACAACGCAACACAACACAGGAUAACGGGCAACGUGUUGCAGAGAAGAACACUCUUGACGACUGACUGACUGACUGGCUGACCCGCUGGAGGACGCUGUUCUUGUGUGUGUGCUCUUCCUUCUCGGCUUCGGUGAGGGGCGCAUUCCGGCGGCGCUCCUCCUCCAUCGCCAAAAUGCGGUCCUUGCGGGCCUGUGGAAAGCGAGAUGUGGAGCAGGAUCGACCUCCUGGUGGAUGGCUGAAUGUCUGGCUUUUGCUGCCUUGCCUUCGACUUGGCCAUUCGCUCCUCGAUCUCCAUUUGCUGCCUCCGCUUGACCUCAUCCUCCUCCUCACGGGACAAAAUGAUGGAACGAUUCUAAGUACACACAACAGACAGACACAUCCACCCAUCCUCCGUGCGUCCGUGUGUGUGUUGAGCGCACCUUGAGUCUGUCCAGUUCGGAGGCGCAUAUGACGGCGGGCGUGGCCUCUGCCUUCUGCUCUGCCCCCACAGCAUUGCUCUUGCGCCGCAGCUGGACCGUGUCCUUGCCCACUAUCUCGAUGGUCUUGUCCGAGUCGCGCCGCCGGGGGCUGGGCGAACCGAAAAGCGUCUCGUCGACGUUUUGCUGCUGCGGGUGCGGCUGGGUGCCCUGCUGCUGUGCGGUGUGGAGCAGCUUGUAGUGGAGCGCUGAUUGGUGCACAUAGAUGUGAACCAGACAGGCCAGCCACGUGAUGAGCACCCAUUUCUCUCUGCCUUGGCCGAUUGGCCUUCCCCCUUGCCCACCCACCUUUGGCACUGCCCGUGGAGCCGACCGAGACCACUGACUGCGCCUGAUGGUAGACAGACACAAUCACACAAGCACAGGUGGAGCAGGGAUGGCGUCGCGCCGAGGCCCCUCCUCUGGGGACCAGCUGCUCUCGUGGUCUUACCAUUUCAGCUGUUUGCUUGUGGGC